AUGACAAAGAAAGAUAAGAAACAACAACAACAAAUCGACUUGGAUAAGUGUGAAACUUUAGAGCAUUUGCAACCAGCCCCUAAGGCCAGAUCCAAGUCAAUUACCGAGGUUGAUAACCAAAAGUUCAUUGCACCACCACCACAACGUGAAUUUGAUGAUGUCAAGUCGUUUGAAGCAUACAUCAGAGAUGAAACUUGGGAUAAUGAGUUUGACUAUUGUCAUGCCAGAUUGAGAUACUAUCCACCAUUUGUAUUAAAGGAAUGUCACGAUGAUCUUGAUAAGAUAAAACCAACUAUGAAUAGUAACAACAGCAAGUUCAAGCGUCAUUUACAUCAGCACAUUGAGAAACACUUGAUGCACGACAUGGAGAAGGCCAGUGGGUUCAAGAUGGAUUUCCAUAAAAUGGGUGUAGAGGAACUCCCAACUGGAACCACUUGGAAAUAUGCAGAUGAAGGUUUGCACGGCUUCAGUAAGGAAGAAGAGGAUGAGUAUGAUAGACAUUGGAAGAUUGAGUUGAAGGUGACUUGUAAUAAUGAGAAUGCGAUGGUUGAUGUUGAUUAUAUUGCCAUUCCAACGUUUGUAUAG